GAGGUGCUCCUGGGUCCGCGCGGGUGGCGAGUGCCGCGCACUUAUCCGUUGACCAGCUGCGUUCCGGGAUCAGCUACCUGACGGUCGCUGAGAUGACGGGGAACCGGGCUGGGGGAGGAUAGAGCCGAGACUGGAGGAUCGAUUGGCACCUCCGCCCACUUUUCCCACAACGCUUUCCCGAACGAUAGGUUGGAAAGGUUCCUGGAUCCAAACUCAUUGAGGGGCAGUCAGAAAUGUCAACAGAAGAGUCCAUACCAAAUAGCCUGACGCCAGCAGUGCCUUAAAGGUCAAGGUGAAAGUAAUUUCCUCAUCAUUGUGCUGUGCUCUGACCCAGUCAGAAGAGGCAGCGUGCAUCUAAGCAGGCCAAGGACCCAGUGGCUCCUGGCUUUUAGGACCAGUCGACAAAAUGUCCUCAAAUUUAUUGCCAACACUGAAUUCUGGAGGUAAAGUAAAAGAUGGCUCAACCAAAGAGGAGAGGCCUUAUAAGAUCUUUUUCAGAGAUCUCUUUCUUUUCAAAGAAAAUGAAAUGGCAGCAAAGGAAAUGGAAAAAUUUAUGAACCAUAACAUGAAAGUCUACCAGAAAACUACUUUUUCAUCCAGAAUGAAGAGUCAUUCAUACCUGAGCCAACUAGCUUUCUACCCUAAAAGGAGUGGUAGGUCAUUUGAAAAGUUUGGGCCAGGUCCUGCUCCGAUUCCUAGAUUAAUAGAAGGUUCAGAUACAAAAAGGACUGUCCAUGAAUUUAUUAAUGACCAGAGAGACAGGUUUCUGCUCGAGUAUGCUUUGUCAACCAAAAGAAACACAAUCAAAAAGUUUGAAAAAGACAUAGCAAUGAGGGAACGGCAACUUAAAAAAGCUGAGAAAAAGCUCCAAGAUGAUGCACUGGCCUUUGAAGAGUUCCUUCGAGAAAAUGACCAGAGAUCUGUAGAUGCUCUGAAAAUGGCAGCACAGGAAACGAUAAACAAACUCCAAAUGACAGCAGAGCUGAAGAAAGCAAGCAUGGAGGUACAAGCAGUGAAAAGUGAAAUAGCAAAAACAGAAUUCCUCCUCAGGGAGUAUAUGAAAUAUGGUUUUUUUCUGCUGCAAAUGUCUCCAAAACAUUGGCAAAUCCAGCAAGCACUAAAAAGAGCACAGGCAUCAAAAAGUAAAGCAAAUAUCCUUCCAAAAACAUUAGCAAAAUUAUCAUUACAUUCAAGUAACAAGGAAGGCAUCCUUGAGGAGUCCGGGAGGACAGCCGUCCUUUCAGAAGAUGCUUCUCAGGGAAGAGACAGCCAAGGAAAGUCAAGCAGAAGCCUGACUCGCACUCCAGAGAAAAGGAAAUCAAACCUGGCUGAAAGUUUCGGUUCAGAAGACAGUUUGGAUUUCCUUUUAGAUGAUGAAAUGGACUUUGAUUUGGAGCCAGCACUUUAUUUCAAGGAACCAGAGGAGUUACUUCAAGUCCUCAGAGAGCUGGAAGAGCAGAAUCUUACUUUGUUUCAAUAUUCCCAAGAUGUAGAUGAAAAUCUCGAAGAGGUAAACAAAAGAGAAAAAGUUAUACAGGAUAAAACAAAUAGCAACAUAGAGUUUCUUUUGGAGCAAGAAGAAAUGCUUAAAGCUAACUGUGUGAGAGAAGAAGAGAAAGCAGCAGAAUUGCAAUUGAGGUCCAGGCUCUUUAGCUUUGGAGAAUUUAAUUCAGAUGCUCAGGAAAUACUGAUAGACUCACUUAGUAAAAAGAUUACUCAAGUAUACAAAGUCUGCAUUGGAGAUGCUGAGGAUGACGGCCUCAACCCAAUUCAAAAGCUGGUAAAAGUAGAAUCUCGCCUGGUAGAACUGUGUGACCUCAUCGAAUCCAUUCCCAAAGAAAAUGUGGAGGCAAUUGAGAGGAUGAAACAGAAAGAACGGCGGCAAAAGUUUCGUGAGGAGAAAAUGAAAGAAAAACAAAGACACCAAGAGGAAAGGCUAAAAGCUGCUCUGGAAAAAGCAGUAGCACAACCAAAGAAAAAGUUGGGAAGACGACUUGUCUUUCAUUCAAAACCUCCAUCUGGUAACAAACAGCAGCUACCUUUAGUCAAUGAAACAAAAACAAAAUCACAAGAAGAAGAAUAUUUUUUUACUUGAAUAAAAGCAGUAAGACAUUUUAUCACCAG